GCGUGAUGGAGAUGGCAUCUCGGAGGCAUGUAGAGUUUCGAACUCGCCUCUACCUGCAGCAUCAAGACUCUCACCACCCAUUCCACUCUCAGCCGCGACUCGUGCCGUCGUAUUCUAGGUUAAGUUACAUGGUCACACUGCCCCGUGGGAGGAGAUGACGUGCAAAAAUAACAGUUCCCGCCUUCGUUUCAACUCAUAUAGGUUUGGAGAUAGCCAUUAUCCUUCCGACAAACCUACAAACCAGGGACCGAAUGUCUCAGCCAUCACCGCCAUGUUGCCUGUCAUAUCCCGGUUUGUUAUAUCGGUGUUGGCGCUACCCGGUUACGGCCUGUGUUUCUCAUGCGCCGCUCACUAUAUCAGGAUUCACAGUUAUUUGUCUCCUCCGCAAACAGACUGUUCACGAUUUCGAAGCGCGCCCUCCAGCCGGCAUUCUAGGAAGAGAUUGGGAAAGACGGAGUUCCGGGAUGAAGACAGGGAGACCUACCACGACAACGGAGAAGGAUAUCGCACCCAGCCAUGCUUGAUUCCUUCUGCUUCUUACUGCCAAAUACCCGGCCUCGUCCCCCAUCUCGCCGGUCCAUCCGUCGUAAAGGGCAUCCCGAAGAGGCUGAACGCAUAAGCGAUCUACUGUAAGGGGUCGUGCAUCCGUCUCUGGACUCCCAUUCUUCCGGAUCCCUACCAAACAGUAUUCGUAUGCCAAUCCCGGGGGUUGUCUCGUUUCCCGGUCCUGAUGGUGACUACUCCGGUGCAACGAAUGGGUAGUUUAUGAAUA